AUGCUUCGUCGCCCGUUCAUUGCUACCAAUGUUUGUGGAAACGGAUUAUUUCACUCCAUAGAUAAAACUCUUGUAGGGACUGUGACUACUACUACUACUACUACUACGAUAACUUCCUCUAAUGAAUCUCAUGUGAAUAAGAUUCUUAUUUCUCCAGCAUUCCCAUCAUUAUCACAAUCAUCAUCAUCUCUGUUUUCCUCUACACGCCGUUAUGGACAUCUUGUUCGUGAAGUAGACACCCGUGGGUUUAAUGGUGAUAUUCACAUGUUAAGACACAAGGGAGCGGCGAGUACACAACGAUAUGUUUCUGAGGCUUUAGCAUUAAAAAAAAAUGUUAUUUUUUGUGGUGCCUAUAAUACCGGUAAGUUAACAAUUCUCAAAGCCAUUGGUGAGGCUUGUGAAGAAAAGAAAAGAGUAGUUUACGUUUCAGCAGAUGCCCAACGAGCUCGUCGUUUAGAUGGUUUUUUACUUUAUCACUUUAUUGGAUUACGAUAUAUGGGCCGUGAAGAACUUCCAUCGCGAGAUCAACUGGAUGGAACAUUAGAGCGACACGCACGUUUGUGUGAAUCCACCUAUGCUGGUUGUGUUCCCAGUCUAAAGACGGCAGAUGUGUUAAUUCUUGAUGCUGUUCACCUUAUUGCCCCUACCAUUAUCUUAUCUAUGGAUACGGUAUGUAGACAAUUACGUGGUCGACCGAAAGAGGCUUUUGGUGGACUUCGUGUAUUUGCAGCUGCAGACUUCUGGCAAUUACCCGUACACCCUGGUAGUGAUACGGGUGGAUAUAUUUAUCAAUUAGACAAUUGGGAUGAACUCUUUCCACAUCAACGAUUAUUAGAAAAGAUUCAUGGACAAACACGUCGACUCACAACAUUAGUAAAUAAAGCAUAUUCCGGUACACUUACAUCAAAGGAUAUUGAAGAACUAGAAGCACGAUCUGCAAGUGGAAAGGCAGCCAUGCAAAGUGACACCAAAGAGUUAGAAGAAAAUAAUAAUAAUAAUAAUAAUAAUAAUAAUAAUAACGAUAAUGAUGAGGAUGAUGAGUAUGAUGAUGAUGAUAAUAGUAGUGAUGAAAAAAAUGAGUUUAGUAUGAAUCGAGGAGAAAAUAAAAGACGUGAAACUAGAGGUAGUAGUGGUGAUAAGAGUAAUGAGUUGGUACCUCCUCAACCACUUAUCUCUAAUGUAGAGGCUGUAAUGAAGUUUACUUCACGUUUUCCUAAACAACCUGCUAUUCGAGUAUUACCACCUCGUUUUCGUACAUUAAAACGUACAGAAAUAGGAAAUUAUAUUCUAACGAUGCUUCUACAAAGUAGUUUACCACAAUCUUUUUCUCUUGUGGAUUCAUUAAAUCUUGAGGUUGGAGCUUCUGUUCACCUUUUAUUAGAUGCUCCUGAUACCUUUGGAGUUCCUGCAGGAACUAUUGGUGAAGUAUUACAAGUAAAAGAACAUAUACUCGUUGUACAUUUCCCUUCUAUACAUCGUACGGUGGAUAUACCACGUAUACGUGUUAGUGUUUAUCAUCCAUUUUAUCCUGAAGUACGUUAUGAGAUUCAACAAUUCCCUUUAUAUCCACGACAUUGUAUUUCUCCAUUAAAUAUUAUGGCAUAUGGACAUACAUAUAAUGUUAAAAUAGAUUGUCAUUGUCUUGCAGAUACAAAUGACUUGGGAAAUAUACUUGCACGUAUGCGUUCCUUUGAUGACUUUACCAUUCGCCGAACACAAGACUUUACGCGUUUAGAUGGUAUGGUUCAUGAACCCACACGUAUUUAUUAUCAACGCAUCACCAACCGACCACUUUCCUCCGCACCUGAACAAUGGUGUCGUAAUUGUAAAUCCUAUAUCCCAACCCCAUCCUUUUAUGAACAUUGGGAUCGAUGUAUUCGAGAGGUUCGCUGGUGUGGAGAGUGUAAUACCCGAAUUCCACUGGAACGAUUGGGUCCACAUCAGGAAAAACAUCAAAUUGUACUUUGCAUGGAUUGUGGAAGAGCCGUGGAGUGGCGUCAGUGGGAGGGACACCGUCUGACGUGUGCGGCGAUGAUGCGAGAAGUUUCCCCGGAGAAUGAAUUCCUGCCGCUGCGCACUCGACAAUUGGCAUUAGAAAUGGGUUUAGAUAAGAGGGAUCUGCACACCAUGCGGAACUUCAGCCGAACACUGUUGCCCAAGUCAAGGAAACAGUGCAAUGGAGGCGGAUUGCGUUGA